UAGCUUUCCUUCUCACUAUCGCGCUGGUUAUCGCAAACGACCCUAGCUUCCCAGCAUACCCUUGUCUCUUUAUUCAUGCCACUCACCCUUUAAGUCCAACGGCACAGCAGAUAGCCAACUAUACCCAGUCCCGACAGGACUGUUUCUGACCAUCUGUCGAUAUGAACAUGGGCGAGCCUGCAACAGCUGAACAGCUCGAGCAUCAUCCCAGCCGUCAUGUUCACUAUCAUUCUACGAGCACGUCAAAUUCUCUCGUUUCUCAACCUGUUCUGGUCCGUACCUACUCUGGCAGUUCUUCUCGUCCUCCAUCACAGCCCCGCUCUCCAGCCCGACCACAUUUCCACCAUGAGCGGAGAGAAGAUGCCAAGCUGCCGGCGCUGAAUCAGUUUGAGUUUGAUCAGAUCUUGGCUGCUGUUCAAAAUGAUGUUGGAAAAUCUCUCGAGGCUAUUGCCGCAAUCUGGGCCUCAAACAAGAUGAGCUUGGCAAGUGAAUACGCGGCCCACCUUCCACCACAGGGCGACGUAGGCCGCCUUGGCCAUGGCCUCCAUUCAGCACGCCACGGCAACGGCCCGGACACUACCUUGACUGCCGUCUCAGAAGCUUCAUCAAGCACCGAGAGACUUGCUUCUUCAGCACCUGGUGCAGUUCUGCCAAACCAUGAAGAUGAAUACCACAGCAAACUGCCUGCGAACCAUGAGAACGGCAGAGACUCAAAGCGACAUUUACUUCGCAAUGAUAUCACUGGAACGGCGCAACGAUCACAGAACAAUUCUCUGGACUCUGAUGGAUCGCACUCUGACCUUCUGAAGGACAUUCCUGGGGGAAAUCCACGGUUCCGUUCGACGCUCGAUACGAACCCGCUGCAACGAGUAGUUUCGCCGGCGAAACCGAUAUUUGCCAAUGAGAAUAGCCGCUCUCGAAACCCUGAAGGGCCGUCGGCCACUGUACAGCAUCUGGCAUUGGGCUCUGGGCGGUUUGGAUUGGUAUCACCUUCGUCACUCCGGAGUGGGUCCGGCUCAAACCGUCUGGAUACUCCUCGCCUACCCCAGUCAGCGGGUGCUCCAGCCCAAGUCUCGCUGGCGAACGUUGAUUGCGUCGUCUCGUCGUCCAUUUCUCAACGCCCAGGGACAGCAGUUGAUGAUAGUGAUCUUAAUUCAAUGCCGCUUGUCCUCGAAAGCACAACGACACUGCCAGCUGACCUUGGCGUAUCAGAGAGGUCCUCAAUAACUGGGAUUAAUUCAACAGCUAUAGAGCAUUCAUUGAGACAGCUCCUCUCCACGGCGUCAACAAAGGCCUCGCAGCAUUGAAAUUGGUCCAUGCUUCAUCGACACAGGGAUCUUUUGCCUCUUCCUUGCAUGCGUCUGAUUUCGCGGAUGAUCGGUAAAUGCUCUUAUCUGGAAUCU